UCGCCAACCACGGCAAUGGGUGAGCAUCAUCAUCAUCAUCAGCAGCAGCAGCAGGGCAGCAGCGAGGCACCAUUACCUGCUGUGCUUUCCCCGCGCCUCAAUUACACAGGUGAGGCGGCCGCACCUUGUCCCUGGGGAGUCCGCACCUGCCCCGCCCUGCCCUGCGUGUCUCACCUGCCCAGGGCCUUGGCAGCAGCAACAGCCAUGGUGUCUUUCCGCAUGGUGGGGCGAGCGGCUCCCCGGGUGAGGGCAGCAGUGACCCAGCCCGGCAGCAGGAGGGCCUUGGUGCUUCCCAUGGUUCACCCGAGCCAGGUGAGGCUGAUCCACCGUGGCCCCUUUUGGCGGGAGCCAUUCUCCCAGAUGGAGGGGUUCAUGAAGGACAUGGAGAGGAAGUUCAAGAGAGACAUUGAGGACACCCUAGGAACCUUUGCCAAGAAUUUUCCAGGAACUCAGCUGCCCAUGUCGAGUGUAAUGGCCAGGGCAGUGCACCCCACCUUUGGACAGAUGGAAAAUGUAUCAACCCCUGAGAAAUACAAGCUGAACUUCUACUUCAUGAGUGCCAAGCCUGAGGACAUCAAGGUCACUCUUAAAGGACGCAGCUUGAAGAUCUCCAGUGAGGCCGUGAUGGAGACAGAAAACUCCAAGUCGUCCCAGCAGAUGAGUGUGGAGCUACUGCUGCCGGAGGAUGUAGAGGCUGAGGGUCUUGAGUCCAGCCUUUCCCAGGAGGGCGUGCUGGUGGUGGAGGCUCCCAGGAAUCCUGCAGCCAGUCCUGAGGCUCCUAAGGCAAUACCCAUUGAGAGGGAGUGAUCUGCUGGGUGCACACUUCUUACUGGGCUGGAAGAUGACAAGUGUCCUGUGUGAUAGGGGCAGCAGUGUUCUGUUGCCACAAGAAAAGCAUGUCAUUAUUCAAUGGUAGGGUUUCUUUUGUAAGGGAAAGGACACUGUUUACAUGAGGGUAUACACUAUAAAUCUCAGCAUGGAAAUGUGUCAGUAGAUAUACUUUUUGCAAAUAAAUGUAGAUAUUAUUAUAA